GUCGCUCUCGUUCUCUCCUGUCAUUGGCGGUACGCUCGGCAGCAACGUACCUAUUUCGGAGAAGUUCCGGGUUCAGGACGUCUUCAACACCGGUCAGAUUCUGCACUUAAUGAGAAGAAAUGAGCUGAGAGGUUGAAACGAUGGAGUCUAGCAAGGUCCCUCUGCCUUCCUGAAGACCGCAAGAUGCAACAGGGGUUGCAGGCCAACAAACUUGUAACUGUUGUUAUGUGCCCAAGAUGUAGCCUUUCAUUUUUAGCAGCCUGAGUGGCGUUGCCAAAAUACAUCAACACAGGGUGGUUCCUUUGUGUACCAUGCAACUGAUUGAGUAGGUGGGACCAUGGCAGAGGAUUGUGAUCUUGCCCCAUCUCUUGACAACGUCUUUGACAUUUUGUCCAGAGUUCCAAAGGAACGACUGCUCAGCUUGUGGUACAAGUUUAACCCUGACAACUCAAACGCGUCCAAGGUACACAGUCUCCUCUAUAGCAUCAUAUCGUUUUUCCUGAGAAAGGAAAAGGAGGCUGAGAUAGCAGUGAGGUCAGUGUUAAACGAGAGACCUGCAGACAGAUCCACUUUGUACAUUUACAACAGAAUUCAAGGUUUGGCUGAUGCUGCAGAUGGAGAGGAGAAACCACCGGAAAAUUCAAAUGAAGACCUUUCUGCGGAAGGCAGAAGUUUUCUCGCAGACCUGGCUUUCAUGUUCAUUGUGCUUGUGGAGGAAAAUCUCUGUAGUCCCUCCGUCAGGGAUCGAGCAUGUCGGGCUGCUGUCAAAGCGUUCAAGUCCAACAAACAGGACUGCAGUGUGGAACGUCAGGAGCUUGUUGAAAAAUUCAGGUUGCGUUUUGGCUUUCUGGAUUUUGAGGGCGAGGAGGAAAAUGCCGGAAUAUCAGCUCUGAAGUCAAUCAAAGAGCCAAACCAGAGCAAGGUAACAACUAUGGCAUUCAGAACUGAUCCAAUGACCAUUCCAAGUCAAAUAACAAUUAACUCACACGGUACUUCAGAAAUGACACUACCAAGCCAUUUUGAAAUUAGUGCAUCUCCAACUGCAUCAUUCACUACCAAUCUCAGUCCAAAUGAUUUAGAAUCAUCGAUAGUGAAUGCUGAAGACUGUACAAUUAAUUCUGCCGAUUUUACCACUGUAGGCGCAAAUAAUGAUAAUAUUCCAUCUUCUGACAGUUGUUUGGGAAGGGGAAGGGUGACCCCCAGUAUUGGGGGUCAUCGUCGAGAAGAGCAGGCUCCUGCCUCACUUGGUUCCGCCGAAGGUUCAUCAGGAGACAAAGUGAAUGAAGCGAGGCCAUCUGAAUCUACUGGAAAAAAAGACAGUGAUCAGAUAGUCACUUCAAAGUCUAAAAUGUCAGAGGGCUGGAGCACAGGAACUGGAGACUUUACCAAUUCCAUUUCACACAAUCCGUCUCAGGAAGUGACCAAACCAGAGGCAAGCGACCAGUCCAGUUCUUCUGACAACACUUCUGAUAAACCCAGCCCUUCUGGAGAGACUCCUGAAGCAAUGGUGGAGAGCUUCGAGGACACAUUUUACCCUUUUGUUGUCUUGCACGUCCCGGAGGACAUUGAGAUUGCAGAACACGUUCGGGAUAAACUGGAAUCGUUGGGGGUAAAAGGCACAACAAUUGACGAUAUCUCUGUCCCGGGACAGUCUCCAAUAAGGUGCAUUGAAGAUGCAGUUAACAACUCUGCCUUCACAAUCCUUCUCCUCACAAAGAAUUUCAAUACACGCUGGGCUGACUACGAGGCCAACGUUACUCUUAUGCAUUCGAUCAACAACAAGCAUAAGUACAACACAGUCGUUCCACUGCUACCGAAGCAGAACCCAUUACAAAAAGACAAGAUUCCCUUUGCGUUUCAUGCUAUCAUAAGUUUGAAUGAGAAUUCCAGGUACUUUGAAAAGCACGUGAAAAAUAUUUUUACAAAAACCGUACUUGAGAAUCACAGAAGAGUUUGGCUUCAGCAGCAAAGACAAAAGCAGAUUCAAUCAAAAGCCAAUCAGAUUAAAAAAGACAUUCAGGUUACUCAGGAAACACUAUCAAAUCAAAUUAGAUAUAUGCAGCUUUACAAUCAACUGGCUGAGAUGCAGAAACAUUGUCAGCUCGUCCAGCUACCACCUCUGCCCCAUCCAGGUAAUGUCCAGGAUCAGCCCGUGUUAAAUCCACCUCUGUACUCCAACUUCUCGACACCCUUUAACCUUCCCAUACCACCAGUGUCACUGAACGCACCACAUAGCAACCCAGUCACACCAUCAGCCUCUCAGUUUGCCAGCCCCAGCAAUAGCCAAGGAGGUCAGAAUGUAACUGUCGGUCAUCCCAUGCAGACGUCGGGUCAAGGUACAAACAUCAUCCAGAUUCACCAUGCCAAAAAUGUCCAGAUAGGGGACUCCAACCAGAUGACAAUAACAGAAUGCAUGGCGAGUAGGGAAAGCACUGAUGACGAGGAGGAAGAGGACAGUCACCGCAACACAUAUAUUUAAAUGUAAUUUUUGUUAGGUGACAUAUUCUGGUAGACAUUAUCUGCAAAUAACACACAGAAAUAUAGAUUUUCUUUAUUUGGGGUACAUGGUAUGUAGGGCACAGAAAAUUUAUUCCAUGGAAUGUUAAACCAUUCCAGUCCUGUACUUUAUACCUGAAGUACAGAUAAACCUCUGAUUCUUCAGUGUUAGUGACUCUUUGGCAGGAAUGCCACAGUCUGCCUCAGCUGAUGAAGGAUUUAAGCAGACCCACUGUCACUGUUACCCAGUGACUCUGUGUCCGUCAGGAAAGACUGAACUAGUUGGCGGGAGGCUGCUCCCUGCCCCUUUUUCCUACUACGAUCAAAUGCUCACUGUUUAAGCUCAUAUGUGCUUAAUGGCCUUUGCUUCAGCCUAAGCAGCAGUCACACAGUUACACUGUGUGAUUCAGCGACUUCGGAAGGACAGGGUUGCAUGAGAGAUUUUUGUUUUUUUAAAGAUUUUUCAUUUAAAAUGCAAUCUGUACUUAUUUUUGAAUUAGUUCCAGGGGAAUUCUAGCAAAUAAAAAUUAAUCUUUGU